CAAAGUUGAAAAGUUAUCGAGAACUAGUUUUGUUUGUCGUAAAAAUUCAAAUUCUUGGAAAUUACAUUUUGGCUGAAAUUAUGAGCAACCGAAAAUCCAAAUUGCUGCAAUCUCUGGAGGAUUCUAUGCAGCCCCUCGAUGACGAUGAUGUCAUCCGCCUGAUUGCCCACCAAAUCCGCCAACCCGUAAGCGAUCCCAUCGACUUGAGUCGGGGAAAGAAUGCGGAUCUGAGUAUUCUGCAUCUGGAAGAUGCUAUGAAAUUCAGGGAGUCUAUGGAGAACUUUAAUAUAUCGCCCACCGCGGAAAGCAUCGAUGAGGUGAUGCCCGUUAAGGAUCAGCAUCUUGGUGAAAUGCUGGAUGUACUCAACGACUUUGUACCAGAACACUAUGAUGACGAUGACGAUGAAGUUGAAGAGGAGGAUGAUGACGAUUAUUCCGAUGAAUAUGAAGAGGAAGAGGAGGAUGACGUUAUGAGGGAUCGCUUUAAAUCUUUUCGAUUCAAUUAAACCAUUAUUUUAAAUAUAGAGCUAA